GUAGAGGACGACGUCGCGAAUACGGUGAAAAGCGGUGUCGACCAUGCAGCUGACGCAGUGAAAACUGCAAAACAUGGUGUCGCUGAUGCCGGUGAAUCAGCUCGUGGAACGUUAGCAAGCGCUGUCGAAGCCGUGGCACCUCCUUUCCGAAUAGAGGCUAGAUUGCAUACUCUAGUAGAUAGACAACGAAGACAACAUGUGCAACCGAAUGGCGGAUGGCCUAAUAGUCAGGAUAAUCAACGAGCCCAAUGGCCUAGUAACCAAGAUGAUCAACGAGCACGUGAUGAACAACGUAGGGCCUACGAACAGCAGUACCAGGAUCGUCUACGCCAACAACAAGAAGAAGCUCGACGUCGAGCCGCUUGUAAUCCUCGUCCACCACCGCCUCCAGCUCCUCAGCCAAGAAGAAACUGCCAAUCACGACGUACUCAAGAACUUCGACUACCUCCGACACCUCCACCAGUGCCGAUCAGACGUAAUUGUCGGCCGAGACCGAGUCCCACAUAUCCUCCCCCACCUGUCCACCAGCGGGUGAACUGUCGACCCACAUCUCCACCGCCUCCACCACCACCACAACCUCAACGACGACCAAAUUGUAUUCCCAGAACACCCACCUAUCCUCCUCCACAGCAACAGUACUACAACUGUCUACCAGCACCAACAUAUCCAUCACAACCACAACCUGUUCCUUGCUAUCCGUCGCCAGCACCUCAACAACCGAUACGCUACACCGGCUGUAUACCGCAGCGUUUACCACGAGGUGAUGAACCGGGCAGGGGUAAUGAAUUCCGUGCCAGUGAUGGUUGUAUUUCGCCUGUGAUAAACCUUCCCGACGAUUGUGAAGGAUCAGUGAAAAUCGUUUCAGUCGAUGCUGCUGGUAAAGUUGUACACUACAUGUACAAAACUGCUAAAGAUGCCAAUCAAGUUCUCGAACAAGUCGGCGGAAAAGUGGCUGAUUCUACUCAAAAUCUUGCUGAAGGCGCUUUGGGUGCUAUAGAGGACUUGGCGAACCUUGGCCUUGUCGACAUGGCUAUGCGAUAG